UUUUUAAAUAAAUUAAAGCAGCAAUGCAUGUGGGCAACUCCAAGAUUUCGCAGGCAAUUAGUCGAGCAUUCGAUACCAACAUGAACGACCUGGUGCGGUUCGAGUCGUUCAUCCGAGUGCCGGAGAUCUUCUACGGCAUGAUUGGGAUUGCGCGGUACGGUGAACCCCGCAACACGACCAAAGCCCGGCUGAAGCAGCUGUUCUUUUGGAGUUCGUACGCGAAUACCAUUUUCUGUCUGAUCAUCGAGCACAUUUACUUCUUUCGAGCGGCCGGGAAUUUCACCAACUUUCUGGAGUUAACUGCGUUGGCACCGUGCAUCGGGUUCACCGCGCUGUCCAUCGUCAAGAUCAUGACCAUCAAGAUGAACGAAGCUAAACUGAACGGAAUCCUGGACCGGUUGAAGGAGCUUUUCCCGGUGACCCACCUGGAGCAGACACGAUACCGGACGCAUCAGUACAACCUCGAGUCCCAAAUGGUCAUGAAAUCGUUCUCGAUUUUGUACAUGAUUCUGAUCUGGAUCUUCAACCUGCUGCCACUGGUAUCGAUGUUGGUGAAUUACCUGAUGAGUGGAGUUCUGGUUCGAGAGCUGCCCUACUUUAUGUGGUACUGGUACGACUGGCACCGGGAAGGACUCUACGAGAUCACCUUCUUCCAUCAAAACUGGGGCGCGUUCGAUUCGGCCGUGUUCAACCUCUGUACGGAUCUGAUGUUCUGCGCGGUGAUCUUGCUGAUGUGCUUGCAAUUUGAUAUAAUAGCGGUCCGACUGCGAGCUGCCAAGGACGACCCGCAAGAACUGAUCAGCUGCGUUCAGCUUCACCAGACCGUACUUGAACUGGGUGAUCAGCUGGAGAGCAUCUUCUCGCCGUCGAUCUUGGUGAAUUUCCUCGGCAGUUCCGUGAUCAUCUGCCUGGUGGGAUUUCAAGCCACGUCUCAGAUCAGCGCGUUCGAUCUGUUCAAAUUUGUGUUGUUUUUAAUUUCGUCGCUGGUGCAAGUUUUUCUCCUCUGCUACUACGGAAAUAAGCUGAUUGAAGCUAGCUCCCAAAUACCGUACGCGGCAUUCCAAGGGGAAUGGUACCUGGCGGAUGUGCGUUAUAAAAAGUCGUUGCUUUUCCUGAUGGCCCGGGCAGGAAAGUGGCAGAAACUUACCGCCAUGAAAUUUUCCGUGGUCUCGUUGGCGAGCUUCACGGGGAUUUUGAGCACGGCAUUCUCAUAUUUUACACUAUUGAAAACUAUUUAUGAUCCAAGCGAGAAAUAAAAUCAACAAGAUUUAAAACGUAAUAAUCCGAAAACAUGUAGCAAAUUAAACCACAUGUAAAGCACGAAAAUAAAUAAUUGAUAAGAAUUCUACAAUCCCGAGCAGACGGAAAUAACGUGGGAAUAACAUUUUUUGAUAUUUGAAAAUACUAGGCCAAUAACAUUUUAUGUUAUUUAUAACAAGAUUUGUUAUUCGCCGUUAUGUUUUUUUUUUUGUUAUUGGAUUGUUAUUGUAAUAACAGACAAAUAACAUUUUCAGUUAUUCUUCGAACAAAUCUUUGUUUUUCUUUUUUGUUAUUUUAACAACUAAUCCGAUCAUCUCAAUGACAGUUGGAGGUAUUCUUCCAUAACAAAAAAUGUUAUUCCAACG